CUCGAGUCUCGACAUGGAGUUCGCAAGCAACAUCAACGGCUCAUCGCUCGCGAACGAUAACACACUUGGCAAGUGACCUCGACUACGGAAGAGCCUUAUGUGCAAUGGCUUCGUCGCUCAAGCACGCUGCCCGCAUCCUCUUGAGCGCACUGGACCAGCUGGACGGUCUUGGCGAGGCCUCAAAGCUAGCGCACCACGCACACGAGAAGGCCGUGGGAAUCUCCGACCCAGUACUUCGCCCGGCGGCUCCGAUUGAGGACAGCGCCAUGGCAAUCGACGUGGAUUUAGGGAGCCGGCCUACCGGUGGUCUGACAAAGACAACAGAGGCGGAAGGUUUCUCUGGCAGUUGGGGCGGGGUGUCCACAGGACCUUCCCCGCUCAAACGGAAGCUGGACUCCGGAUUCCCAUUGCCCGACGCCAAGUCUCAGCGAACCUCGGCAUCUCUCUCCUCCCGCAUGCAGCGAAGUUUACGCGUACAUGAGAGUCAUCCGCCUGAGGAAUCGGCCGACUUCAGUAGCUUGGAGCACCUGCAUGCGUCCGGAUCUUUGUCCGAUUCCGGAGUAGAGUUUCGUUCUCGCAGGCCCUCCCGAUUAGCUUGCAGUGACAGCCAUAGUUCGUUUUCGGAUGGGACACCUGGAUCUGCCGAUAUGUCGCCUGGGGUGGCAUCACCAUCUCGCCCGCUUUCCAGGGGAACUAGCUCAAAUGACCUAGAUGCAUCUAGCAUAUCAGAUUGGAUCUUAUGCCAAGCUCGUCGAAAUCGGGUUCCAUUGGAGAAAAUGCAGGCAACCUGGGAGCUCAAAAAGAAGGAGUUGGAAUACAACUUGGGUCAACUGGUCAAUGGGGUCCCGAGCGAUUCGUACCAGGACCUGAAGCUGAUCACGACCCAGAUCAUAGAAACGGCCAAUUGGCUGUCAGGAGGGAAUCAUGAAGAGCUUGGGGACUAUGUCCCGAUGUGGCGAUCGACGCAGACCAAUAUAGAGAAUGUGAUCCAUUUCGUGAAGGUCGUCGAAGACAUGAAAUCAACGAUCGCAACUGGUUACCAACCCGACGGAGACCUGCCCUCGGAUCUCUUGCAGGCAAAGAAGGAAGCGUGGGGUGACUUAUUGAGCACCGACGGUGCGAGAUGGAGGACAAUGGGGUUCCCCAUCGAUGAGCUACAGCCAUUGAUCAAUGCCGCCGGUACUUGGAUCUACGGACUCCCUUGGAAUCACCUUGCUCGACUGGACGCGGAGCUGCAAACGUUGCAAGGGCAGACUAUGGAUGAGGCAGCACAUCCCAGGCUGCAUGUGCUUAUGGAGAGAGUUUUUGACGGCAUCCUGUUCGCACGCGACUGUGCGGAAUUCGUCGGACGCCCGAUGAACAAGCGCAUACAGGUUGGCGCGUUGAGCCUGGUUACCGUCUUCUUCAGUUUCACAAUCUCUUUCUUCGAGAGCAAAUCCCUUACCGCCGCGGACGCCCCCUCGACAUCGGCAACCACUGCACUCGCUCCGCCGACCACACUUGCGAGCGCUGGCCGCGGUAAAAUGGGUGAAGCUCACGCUGUACAAUACUUUGGCAACCUGGUGAAGCUUUUGGAGGCGCUCGAGGUGAUGACGAACGCCGGGACGCCUCUCGAGACAUCUGCAAAGUUGUGCUCGCUUGGGAAAAGCAAGCAGACUCGGCUUGGUCAUUUUCGGAGACUUAGUGCGGGAGCACCAGACAAGUCGCAUUUGGGAAGUGAUAGCGAACCUCAAGACAGUGGAGACGAUUGGGCACCGACUAAGGACCUCGGAGGAGGGAGUCCUCAAAAUCGGGGUGAUCAAGCAGUCAACCAUGCGGCAGGUAGCCAUCAGGCAGCAGUCAGACCACGAUCAUCACCAGCUUCGGUGAGAUCAUCACACUCCGAAACAAACGCAAACACCCACAAUGUCCUCUUUUCAACCUCCACAGAGCACGACCCUGAGACGAGAUCAAUUGUGGAGAACUUCGCGCGGGUGGUCGUAGAGGCCGGACUUCAGAUUUGCGAAUACUUUGCUGCACGGAAUCACGGCGCAACGAGGACUGAGGGCGCCAGAGCAUUGGUUGGGUCUACAGACGUACGCAUCGCUGGGGGGAGGGGGUUGCUGGUUCUUGUAACGGCGGUACGAUAUGUGCGAGCCGUUACGCUUCUUGCAGGAUGUGAUGCCGCCGAGAUGCGAAGGGUACAGGUGCUGGUGGAUAGACUGCCCUCUGGGAGCAUCAUAUAGAGCAUGCCCCACUUGUAACUUAACUUUUUUGGCUACACAAUGAGCAUCUACAUGAUAUACCCUAUCACUCAGAUAUUCUAACUGUUGGGCUCUAGUUCAAAAACGGACGCUGGAAAGUCCUCCAAUAUGUCGCAAACAAUCCCAGGCGACUUCAAUGUAUACUGCCUCCAAAAUCCGCCGUUCUCUCUCCUCUCGACGUUCUUCAGCUCAUACUCGGGCAAAAUGUUCAGAUAUCGAAACAGUUGUCCGAUGGCUAUGUUCUCCUCUACAAGCAUCCGUUGAUACUUUGCGUCGCUAAUGGUGACAACGCUCGUUGCCUUGCAGCAUACUUUGUCCUGCAACAAGAGGUCAACUUCGCG